AUGGGCGUGCGCGGCGGUUUCUGGAAGGCCCUGCAGCCGUACGCGCGGCAGGAAGGCAUGGGAUGUCUCCGCGGCCGCCGCGUCGCCGUCGACCUCUCGUCGUGGAUCGUCUCCGCCAUGAGCACCAAGUCGCCCACCCGCCGCAACAUCGUCUUCCGCACGCUCUCCCUCUUCUCCAAGAUGGGGGCGUUCCCGGUGUUCGUGGUGGACGGCAUGCCGUCUCCGCUCAAGGCCAAGGCCACAAGUGAGGCCUUCACGCGAUGCGUCCACGAGUGUGUGGAACUGCUUGGGCAUCUGGGAAGGCCGAUACUCCCGGCAAAGGGCGAGGCCGAAGCACUGUGCGCUCAGUUGAAUCGUGAGGGCAAGGUGGACUCUGACAGCGACGCCUUCCUCUGCGGAGCCACCACGGUGAUCAAAGUGUUCCGGUCCACUAAGGAACCCUUCGAGUGCUACAACAUAGCCGACAUACAGGAUGGCAGUGGGUUGAGUAGGAAACGAAUGAUCGCCAUGGCGCUUCUUAUUGGCAGUGACUAUGAUCUGCAGGGGGUGCCCGGUGUGGGUCUUCAGACCGCACUUGCGUUCGUGCAAUUAUUUCAUGAAGACCAUAUCUUGGAUGAAUUACGUGCAAUCGGAAAAGGAAUCUAUCCACCUGCAGCUUUCGCAUCUCAAUGUCCUAGCUUUGACAAGAUCCAGAUCGAGGUCCUCCUCGCCCUCGUCAAUAAUCAAUUCACCAUCCUCCUCCUCCUCCCCUUCACUCUCCUCGACGUGCCCGGCGACUACAUCUGCGCGGCUGAAUCGGUGGCGACAUGGGUAGCGCUAUAA